AUGAAAGAGGUAAUUUGCUUGCUAAAAAAGAGCACAGGAGUCAAUGCAGUGCUGGAAGAGCUAAAGCGAACAGGGCGGUAUUCGGAACUCAUGGCGCAUAUUAGGAGAGAGAUAGAGAACUCAAAGACUACAUUCACAUUAACAGAGAAGUAUGAAAAGAUAUGCGAGAUACUUGAAAGGCACCUAACAAACAAAGACAUGAGUCUAAUCGAGUCAAUCCUUACAGAGCAGCGCAGGAUGUGA